AUGGGGUCUUAUUCUGGUACUUGUGAAAUUGUUGAAGCAAGAGAAGAGCUGGAUUCAGUUGUUUAUUCUAAAAGAGCUUAUCAAUCUCAUUCUGGAUUAACUGAGGGUGGUGAUGACCGAAAGCCUCCUGUGCUAAAACUGGGGUACAAGGAUUCUUUGGAAGAUGAUAUCAAUCAGCUUUUCGAGGCUAUCAGUCUUAAAACCUCAUCCAAAGGUUUAGGUCAAUCAAGUCAGGCUGGAACAAGCGCAAGCCCUUUAAGGAAAAGUGCUAUGAAAAGACCAAUUACAGUAGGCGUGCCGCAUUCAUCUGUAGCUGGAAGUUCUGAGCCUGUGUCUCUGAAGCAGGCAUUACGGGAACUAUGCAUUUCUAAGGCAUCAGAAAUGGCUGCUAUGAAAAGGUCAUCGAAGUCGGGCAGCUCUCCAGGUCCCUCAGAAGCUGGAAGGAUAAAGAGAUUGUACAAGUCAGUUGUAGUUGAAACCAGUAGACCUGGGCUUCCCAUGGUUGAAGUAUCUCUAGUUCCGGAAGAAAUCAAGUCAAAUUUUUCUGAGAAGAUGCCUCUGCAACUUGAGGUGCCCAAGAUAAGAUCAUUGAACCAGAGUGCUCAAUCUUCUCCUCGGUUCCUUGCAUUGAAGUCACCUAAUCAAAGUGCUAAUUCUUCUCCUCGAUUUAUUGUUCCAGCUACACAGGAUGCUAUCGUGACCUCAUCAAGACAGAGUGAGAUUGUUGCUGCAUCUCGAAAAGUUGGAACUCAAGCACUAAAAUCGCCGAACCAAAGUGCUCUUUCUUCUCCUAGAUAUGUAGGCCCAAGCAUGCAAAAUGUUAUCGAGACCACACAGAUGCAUAAUGGGAUUGGUUUUGCACGAAGAAAAAUUGGAAGUCAAGAAUUAAAGUCACCAGCACAAAGUGCUUGCUCUUCUCCUCGAUUAGCGGUUCCAACCUCGCAAAAUAGUACUGGGAUAUCAUCAAUGCAAAAUGACUUUGUUUCUACAUCAAGAAAUGUCGAAAACCAAGCUCUGAAGAUGGAGAAGGUGCUGAAAGAGAAGCAUGCAUCCACAACGUCCGUGUCGGAUUCUGUUGAUAAUACCUUAGAGCUAGAUAUAGACGUUCCCACUUCAAUCAAGGCAGCAAGUAAAGCAUCAGCACAAAGAUUUGGCCGUAAAGGCAGGUUUCACACAGCACCGUCUUCAAUCAAUGGAAGCAGGGCAAUCAAGUUCACCAGAAAUACUCCACGUUUAGCUAAACCAGCUGUAAGGAACAAGAGUUCUGCGAAGAAGAAAAUAAAGCAGGGUACGACUUCAGCUGCUUUCAUUCCUAAUGAAGGUAAUAACAGCUUGGUUACUAGCACCGGUCAGCUGGUCUGUCAGAAAUGCCAACAUACUUUUAACAUUGCAGCUGAAGAUUCCAACCAAGGUUUUCAUGGUUCAUUGUCUGCCAGUCUUAAUGCUGAAGUUAGCUCAAGCAAUAAGAAAUCUAAACCAGAAUUCACUUCAAGCAAUUGUAACAGAAACGGAGCUGUUGGAAAAGUGAAAGACUCAAAAUCAAUACAAAAAGAGGAAUUUUCCCAAAGCUCGAAGAGUAGCCUUGGUGAUUAUAGCACUAGUACAAGCAACAGUGAUGAGAGCAAUGCAAGCAGGUCAAGCUGUGGUAACAGACCUCACAUGUCAAAGGAUUUCAGAUGGCAAGCUAUUAGCCGUCUUAAGAUGCAACAUGGAGUCUUAAGUUUGAGACACUUCAACCUCUUAAAGAAGCUUGGUUGUGGAGAUAUAGGGACUGUUUAUCUUGCUGAGCUUUUGGGUUCAAACUGCCUGUUUGCUAUGAAGGUCAUGGACAAUGAAUUUUUGGCAAGAAGAAAAAAGAUGCCUAGAGCCCAAACUGAAAGAGAUAUAUUGAGAAUGUUGGAUCAUCCUUUCCUCCCUACGCUGUAUGCACAAUUCACAUCAGAUAAUUUAUCAUGUUUAGUUAUGGAGUAUUGCCCUGGUGGAGAUUUGCAUGUCUUAAGGCAGAGGCAACCCGGGAGGAGUUUUCCUGAACCAGCAGCCAGGUUUUAUGUUGCUGAAGUUCUUCUUGCUUUGGAGUACUUGCACAUGCUUGGUGUUGUCUACCGAGAUCUGAAACCAGAGAACAUCCUUGUUCGAGAAGAUGGCCAUAUUAUGCUCACUGACUUUGACCUCUCGCUGAGGUGCACUGUAAGUCCAACCCUCCUGAAAUCUUCAGCUGAUUCGGAGCCUGUAAAGAUGUCUGGUCAAUGUACAGAGUCUAGCUGCAUAGAGCCACUUUGCAUUGAACCAUCCUGUCAAGUCCCAUGCUUCAGUCCUAGGUUUCUACCUGCUGCUGCAAAAGCAAGGAAGCUAAAAGCUGAAGUUGCUGCCCAGGUCAGAUCCUUGCCACAGCUUGUGGCUGAGCCUACUGAUGCACGCUCAAAUUCCUUUGUUGGGACCCAUGAAUACUUGGCCCCUGAGAUAAUCAAAGGAGAGGGUCAUGGAGCUGCAGUUGAUUGGUGGACUUUUGGUGUUUUUCUUUAUGAGCUUCUGUAUGGUAUAACACCUUUUAAGGGUUCUGGAAAUGAAGAAACGUUAGCUAAUGUGGUGUCAGAGAGCCUGAAGUUCCCUGAUAGCCCACUUGUUAGUUUUCAGGCAAGAGAUCUUAUCAGCGGAUUGCUAGUCAAAGAGCCAGAGAAUCGGUUGGGAACACAGAAAGGGGCUGCUGAGAUCAAGCAACACCCUUUCUUUGAGGGCUUGAAUUGGGCACUUAUACGUUGUGCCAUUCCUCCUGAGGUACCAGAUUUGUAUGAUUUUGGAGUUUCAGAACAUGAAAAGGAUACCCAGUAUUUGGAGUGUGAAGCUACAGGAGAGCACCUUGAGUUUGAGUUGUUCUAA